UUGGAUUUAUCCCCCUUCAACCAACUCAACAGAGGCUCCGUUCAUCUACUCAUCUGCUACUCGUCUACUCACGCUCAUUCGUCGACCAUGGCUACUCCGAUUGCUGUGGAUCCUGACUCUGUUGUUGUGGAGGCAAACGGCGGGACUUCACCAAUCGUGCUGGAGAAUGCAAGUCCUCAUAAUCGCUACUGCUACAAGGUCAAGUCGACGAACAAUGAGCACUACCGUGUCAGCUCUGUCUACGGAUUCAUUGAACCUCUGGGCUCUGUGAAGAUCGACGUGAACCGAUUGCCUGGCCCGCCGAAAAGUGAUGAUCGUCUGGAGAUUCUGUUCCAGCCUGUCGAAGCUAGUCAAACUGAUCCGAAAGGACCAUUCGCCAAUGGAGCAUCGGAGUUCAAGCUGGAUGUGAAGCUGUGCGCGGAAUGA